GCGCCACCAUGCAGGUGUCCAGCCUCAACGAGGUGAAGAUCUACAGCCUCAGCUGCGGCAAGUCCCUUCCCGAGUGGCUUUCUGACAGGAAGAAGCGAGCACUGCAGAAGAAAGAUGUUGAUGUCCGGAGGAGAAUCGAACUUAUUCAGGAUUUUGAAAUGCCUACUGUUUGUACCACUAUUAAGGUUUCAAAAGAUGGGCAAUAUAUUUUAGCAACUGGAACAUAUAAACCUCGAGUUCGAUGCUAUGACACCUAUCAAUUAUCCUUGAAGUUUGAAAGGUGUUUAGAUUCAGAAGUUGUCACCUUCGAAACACUGUCUGAUGACUAUUCAAAGAUUGUCUUCUUACAUAAUGACAGAUACAUUGAAUUCCAUUCCCAAUCAGGGUUUUACUACAAAACCAGAAUUCCAAAGUUUGGGAGAGAUUUCUCUUACCAUUAUCCAAGCUGUGACUUAUACUUCGUUGGCGCAAGCUCUGAAGUUUAUAGAUUAAACUUAGAACAAGGACGGUACCUAAAUCCUUUACAGAUGGAUGCUGCGGAGAGUAACGUUUGUGACGUAAAUGCCGUGCAUGGCUUGUUUGCCGCAGGAACAGUAGAGGGUCGAGUGGAAUGCUGGGACCCACGAGUUCGAAGCAGGGUUGGCCUCUUGGACUGUGCGUUGAGUAGCGUCACAGCAGAUUCAGAGAUAAACAGUUUACCAACAAUUUCUGCUUUAAAAUUUAACGGUGCCUUGACCAUGGCAGUUGGAACAUCCACGGGGCAGGUUUUAUUAUAUGACCUUCGCUCGGAUAAGCCACUGCUGGUUAAGGAUCACCAAUAUGGGCUACCCAUCAAGUCGGUCCAUUUCCAGGAUUCUUUAGAUUUGGUUUUGUCUGCAGACUCUCGGAUUAUCAAAAUGUGGAAUAAGAACUCAGGAAAAGUAUUUACUUCCCUGGAGCCAGAACAUGACAUUAAUGAUGUCUGCCUCUAUCCCAACUCAGGAAUGCUUCUUACUGCCAAUGAAACCCCCAAGAUGGGCAUCUAUUACAUUCCAGUGUUGGGCCCUGCGCCCAGGUGGUGCUCCUUCUUAGACAACUUGACGGAGGAGCUGGAGGAGAACCCAGAGAGCACUGUUUAUGAUGAUUACAAAUUCGUCACCAAGAAAGACCUUGAGAAUUUAGGGCUCACACAUCUCAUUGGAUCACCUUUUCUCCGGGCAUAUAUGCAUGGAUUUUUCAUGGACAUCAGACUCUAUCACAAGGUGAAGUUGAUGGUAAAUCCAUUUGCUUAUGAAGAAUAUAGGAAAGAUAAGAUCCGACAGAAGAUAGAAGAAACACGGGCACAGAGAGUCCAAUUAAAGAAAUUGCCAAAAGUGAACAAAGAGCUGGCACUUAAAUUAAUCGAGGAGGAGGAGGAGCGGCAACAGUCUACGUGGAAAAAGAAAGUUAAGAGCCUUCCUAAUAUUCUCACUGAUGAUCGAUUUAAAGUUAUGUUUGAGAACCCUGACUUCCAAGUAGACGAAGAGAGUGAAGAAUUUAGGCUUUUGAAUCCACUUGUUUCAAAAAUUAGUGAAAAAAGAAAGAAGAAACUAAGACUCUUAGAGCAGCAAGAACAUCGUGAAAAGGAAGAGGAGGAAGAACCGGAAGGAAAACCAAGUGAUGCAGAAAGUUCUGAGAGUUCAGACGACGAAAAAGGCUGGGUUGAAGAGGUCAGGAAGCAGCGCAGACUCCUGCAGCAGGAAGAAAGAGUGAAGCGGCAGCAGCAGCUCAGGGAGGACCAGCAGACGGUCCUCAAACCCCAGUUUUAUGAGAUCAAAGCAGGCGAAGAAUUCAGGAGCUUCAAAGAUUCUGCCACCAAGCAGAGGCUUAUGAAUAAAACCCUAGAAGAUCGGUUGAAACUUGAGGCAAAAAAUGGGACAUUGAGUGUAUCAGACACCACAGUUGGCAGCAAGCAGUUGACAUUCACGUUAAAGAGGUCUGAACAGCAGAAGAAGCAACAGGAGGCUGAGAAACUGCACCGACAGGAAAGGAAAGCCCUGCGUCGCCCUGCUGCUCACCUGAAGUCCAGACACAAGCGAGGACGGCCCUUUCACUAAGUCUGGAUGUGACCCCAACACGUGAUUCAGAGGGAGCUUGCCUCCUGCAAGCAGGUCAUCACUAGAGCACGUUGAACGCAGAUGGGGAGCACACAUGUCGGACUUCCCCGUGAGUUCCUGACAUGUCUCCAGAGGUUAAGAUCUAGCAACUUGUCCCUGCGCCUUCCGGGUCAGAACGUCAUCCCCAGGUUGCAAAAGAUGUUGCCCCUCCCCCUAAACGUCGUCCUUUCCCCCAUUUUAAUCAAGUAGACCAGGUGGUCGUUUCUUAACAUUGGGAAAUGUGUACCAUGACAUGGGGGGUCGCCUGCGUCCAAAACAGGUUGAUCACAUUCCAGGAGCUUUCUGUUCCGGGGCGCCACCACUCACGAGUGGACCACCCAGAAGCACCCUGUGUCUCAGCUCCUGUGCAGCCUCAGUUGUAUGUGCAUGUGUGUGCGUGCACUUGUGUCCGUGUGUGUGUGUGUGUGUGUGUGUGUGUGUGUGUGUGUAAGUGUGCUGGUAGGUGUGCUGCUGGUCUGUGUGUCAGUUUGGGAUUUUUCUUUUUUAAUAUUUUUAUACCAAGAGAAUAUAAAUUAAUGGUAAUAACCUCAAACAAGAGAUCAGAGCUACUGGGUAUUAUUUAUACUCAACAUAAGAUUAAGUACAGACUUUUUUCUGUUUCCCAAGGCAUAGAUAAACAUACUGGAGAAAACGUUUAUAAAAAUAAAUACUUUCAUUUGAAUAGCUCCUUUGAGAAGACCCAUUCCUUGAGUUAAUUUGAAAAUUAACUUUGGUUUCCUUAGUUUUUCAGGUAUUACUCUGAUUUUGUACCACUGGAAUGGUAACUCUUUGGCUUGUAAAUGAUAGAAUCGAACUCGAAAGGCUGUGAAUGUGUUAAUUAACAUAACCUGGCUGUGGAACCUGUGACUGCCUGGGGCCAUCUGAAUCUGAAGACAGGACUGGCUCAGGAUUCUGUCCUGUCCGUCCUUUCUUCCCUUCCUCCUGGCGCAGCGUCGGUCCUUCUCUCUCUUUCCCUGACCUCCCAGCCUGUCUGCUCUUCUGUCAGACUGGCUCCACCAAUUGGGGGACAGCGUGGGUCCCACUUCCACUUCUGUGGUCCGAGAGGUAGAUUCUGUUUCAAGAAAAGUCCAAAGUAAAUGAGUGUGUUGGGUCUCAGAGUGGCUGAAUUCUACUCAAAACUUUGAAAGAGGACAGCAAAGUAUUAAAAAAAGUAUAUGUACAAAUAAAUACUAUAAGUAGA